CAUGAUAGCGGACAGAGCAAACCUACUUGUGAGAGGAUAGGGUAGGGUUGAAUUGGGGCCGGGAUCCCCCGUCGCUGCAAUGUACUCGAGUAUUGUAUGUUAUUUCAGUGAUCGCAGUCUAAUGUUUAUUGGUUGUCUUAGGUAGGUAUAAGUGCGGAAACAUGGUUAGUUCUACUAAAAGAAACGGCAUCAUUCUGAUUGCCAUUUCAAUCUCUGUCGUCUUGGCGAUUGUGAUGGGGAUAUCUCACAUGCAAAGUUCAACAGAAUCAUCCAAGGUUCCACGCCGAGCGGGUGUGCCUAUUUCUCUUCCUCCGAAACAGACAAAGAAUCAGUGGUUCAAAGAUGGCGUGAAACUCGUCAGAGACAAUCUUAAUAGGCAACCGCUAACUCAUACAGCUAAAAACACGAUAUUGUUCCUCGGCGACGGGAUGGGUGUAACUACCACCACUGCAGCACGUAUUCUGGCUGGUCAAAUGUUAAACCAGUCUGGCGAAGAAUAUGUCCUUAGUUGGGAAAAAUUUCCGUGGUCUGCUCUGUCCAAAACAUACAAUGUGGACCAACAGGUCCCAGACUCCGCUGGAACAGGAACGGCCUUUUUGAAUGGCGUGAAGACUAAUGCUGGCGUAAUCGGUGUAGACGAGGCUGUAAAGCGAGGAUUCUGUCAAAGUUUCAAUGAAAGCAACAAAGUCCUGUCAAUACUAACAUUGGCAGAAAUGGCGGGAAUGUCAACUGGUAUCGUGACGACAACGCGUGUCACGCACGCAACACCAGCCUGUCUAUACGCACAUUCACCGGAGAGGGGGUGGGAGAGUGACCGCGACCUGAAGAGUGGAGCGAAGGAUAACACCUCUAACUGCACAGACAUAGCUUUACAACUCAUUGAGUACCCAUUUGGCGAUGGAAUUGAAGUCAUCUUCGCUGGAGGUCGUAGGGAGCUUAUUCCCAACAACGAGACCGACCCUGAAUACCCGGAUUUAAAAGGAGAGAGGUUAGACGGCCGAAACCUAAUUCAAGAGUGGGUGGAUAAGUUUCCGAAUUCUCAAUACGUUUGGAACAAAACCGGUUUUGACCACAUUGACGUCAGCAAGGUUGAUCACGUGAUGGGUCUGUUUGAGUACAGCCAUAUGCAAUAUGAAGUGUUUAGGAAGGAGAAUGAAACAGAGCCAUCCAUCGAAGAGAUGACAGAGAAAGCCAUAAGUAUAUUGAAGAAAAAUCCAAAGGGAUAUUUUCUCCUGGUAGAAGGCGGCCGCAUUGACCACGGGCACCAUGGUACAAAGGCAGUACGUGCUCUGAAUGAUGCUGUUGCUAUGGCAAAGGCUUGUGGGAAGGCGUCAGAAAUGACCAAUCGUGAAGAUACUCUCCUGGUCGUGACCGCUGACCAUUCUCACGUGUUUUCCAUAGCUGGUUACGCUAAACGUGGCAAUCCAAUCUUUGACCUGGUGGUUGAAGUUGGCGAGACUACUCCCAUCUUAGCAAAGGACAAACUUCCUUAUACGGUCUUGGGUUAUGCAAAUGAGCCCGGAGGAGAGCGGAUAAAUGGUACACGACAAGACCUCACGAAGGUGGACACGGGCGACAAGGACUUCGAGCAGCAAGCCACGGUGUGGUUAGACUCGGAAACUCACGGAGGAGAUGACGUAGGUAUAUAUGCAGACGGUCCGGGAGCCUACUUAUUCCACGGUGUUGUGGAACAGCCGUAUAUAUUUCACGUGAUGGACCAUGCUAUGUGUUUAAGUGAUAGCAAAUGGGAUAUGUGUGAUAGACAUCCAGCAAGGGAGUGACGGAACUGUAGAGCACAUUUCAGCUGACUGUCGUAAGGGAACUACAAGCAGUGUCAUCAAAAUGACUGAUCACAACAGAUGAACACAAAGAGCUUAUGAAAACUGAAACUGGCAAAUUGCCUGACGCGAGUAAGUGACUCAAUCCUUAAUUAAUUUGAUGGCCUGCUCCCAGUUGGCUUGUUAGCUCAAUUGGUAGAGCGCUGCACUAGUAUCGCAG